AGCAACACAACAAAAUCGGAGAUUGCGUCGCGGCGACGUUCUUCGGCCAGCAGCAAGCAGCAGAAGUUUUUUUUCGCUCAUCUCGCAUUCAGACGGUUUCAGAAGAUAGACACAUCACGACAUCCGAUCAGCAGCCAGCCAGUCAGAAGAAAAGCGUAGUGUUCGUUUUGUUUGUUGUUUUUUCCGUCGCAGGUUGAAAAGCCAAGAGUUUGAAUCUGUUUUUCUUCGGAAAAGUGGAAAAAGUGCAGUGUCAAUCAGGUUCGGGAGUGAAAAAUCGGUGACAUUUCUGCGCACGAAAGGAGAACAAAAGCGUCGACAUUUUUUUUUUUUCGGUUGAGGUGGGGUGACAUCUUGCGCGAUUUUUUUCCUCUUCGUCGCGAUUGUACGUGUUCCCUUUCUAUCGAGUGUUCCGAUUUGAACGUGGACUGUUUGGGAGGAGGCGGAUGCAGCGGCAGAUCUAUCAGCUGUCCGAUCAGCAGCAACAGACAGGAGAAGCCGACCGGCUGGAACUUCCGCACCAUCAUGGCCAUGGAGUACUACGCAAUUUAUCUGCCCUACAAGGAACCGGAGCUGUCCGUCAAGAGCUUCUACAACGAUAAGGAGGAGGCACUCAAGGUGCUGAAAGCGCACAAGGAAGCCCGGCUCAAGGCGUUCCGCACCAGCGAGGAGGCGGUCUAUUUCUAUCUGAACGGACCGUCGGAUCCGGUGCCGUCGUCGAUGUCGAUGUCGUCUUCGGCCGCAGCACCCAAAUCACCGACCAGCUCGACGGCCAAGCUCAAGCUCGAAAAGACGCCCUUCAAGGCACCGAAAAGCCAAGAACUGGUAGCCUUCCGCAAGAACAUCGAAAAGAACGAACUGGACAUGGUGCGCAACAUCGUCCAGCUGAAUCCGCGCUAUCUGGUCAGCUCGGGCGACAUGCCCACCAUCCUGAAGGAAGGUCCCCGCUACAACGCACUGCACGUAGCGGCCAUCGAAGGCAGUACGGACAUGUGCAAGCUUAUACUGCAGACAAUCGAAAAUCCCGGCUUCAUCGAGUUCCUGCACGGUCAGCGGAAUCCCUCAACGGACGAAGUCAGUGCCAUCCUGUUGGAUCUGUAUCUGAACAUGCCGGACAAGUGCCGGAGCGAAACGCCUCUGCACUUUGCGGCCAAGUUCGGUUCGGUGGGCGUUGUGGAGGUGUUGAUUUCGUACCCGCAGUGCAAGAUGACCAAAAACUCCGACGGACACCUGCCGAAGGAUAUCAUUUGCAGUCGCGCCAAAAGUAAAAACGACACGCCGGAGAUUCGCAAAGCCAUAGCAGAUCUGCUGCAGGAGCGAUUUUUCGUUCCGGUGAUUCGAGCCGUCGACAACAGCACCCCGCCGGUCGUAGGGGAACCGUUCACGUUCUCGAACCCUCCGAAUCUGGAUGCCAAAGACCGAUUCAGUCCCAAGUUGGAAAUCAAAGCCUACGCCGGACCGAUGGACAAGGAGAAGGCCCAUGUGUUCUGCAAGCGGUGGAAGACGCCGCCUAGGUUGAUCCCCUCGCCGAAGUUUAUCUCGCCGGUCAAGGCGUUGAGUUCCAGUAAGAUUCCGGUUUCUACGGUGAGUCCUCUGUCGUCGACGCCGAUCGGGAAGAAAACCGGCGGCCGGAGAGCGCUGUUUCCCAAUAGGUCCUUCGAGCUGGACCCGGAUGAGCAUGAUAAGAGCAACUCGCUGAAUAACAACUUCGAGAUCGAGGUCGUCAAAGAGGAUGUGGAUCAGGAAGCGCUGGAGGAGCAGCGGCAGCUGGACGAGAAAAAUGGGAACAGCAUGACGAUGGGUGGCAAACCGACACCGAAAAUUAUCAACCUGAGGGCGAGCCCGGCGAAGAAGGGAAUCGAUGGAUUCCUGUUCCGGAAGUACCGGGAAAGAUUGCAGAACUCGUUUGCCACGAUCUACGACGACGAUGAUGACGAGCUGGACGGAGCGAUGAACGAUAGCCGAGAUCUGGAAAGUGUGGCCGAGAAAUCCAUGGGGAACGGCGAGGCCAACUACAGCUACUUUUGUGAUGAAAACAACUCGAUCUACGAAGGAACCAACAUAACGGAAUCGCCUUCGUUCAAGGAACGGAAACUGCGGCUGACCGAUACGGAGAAAGGCCUUGAGAUCAUCGGGCGUAACUUGGCUCAGGACCACGACGUCGGAUGGAACGAAUACUGGAACUUUCUCGGGACGUUCGCAGACCUAAGAAGUCCCGAAGGCCUCCAACUGCUGGAAGACUACCUCCGAAAGCGCCAACUCCAGCUAGAUCUGAACGAGCAGGAAGCACUCCUGAAAGCAUCCCGUCUUCCGGUGGCCGCCAAACUCGCCGCCGUACCCUCUUCCCCGGAGAAACCCAACGACAGCCUUGGGUCGAUCUGUGACGCCCUGGACAAAAUGUCCCUGGCCGAUGCCCUGAAAGCCUCGCCUCAAAUCACUGCCGUAAACUUCCGCAAGCGACUGGGCAACCAGCAGCAGCAGUCAACUCCGGUGCCACCGGAACCGAUCCGCUCGCGGAUCACCAACCCGUACCUGUGCCUGCACAACUCGCUGCAGGUGUUUGCCAAACGGUUCGUCAAGAAUCUGGACGAGAGCAGCAGCAGCACCAUGACGCUGGACUUUGGGACGUUCUUCCAGCAGGCCGUCGUCGAUUGCGUGCGGAAGCUGAACACCAUGGUGGACAACUACCGGAAGGACGCCGCGUUCGGGUCGAUCGACUUCAGCAAGGUGCACUCGCGGUACGCCCAGCUCAUUGUGAUCACCAUCGAGCAGCAGCGGGAGACGGCGCAGGGAGUGAUCCACCGCUUGAAAGUCCUGUUGGACAAAAGCCGAGAGCUCAACUCGGCCAGCCGCUAUCCGGACCUGCACGACAGUCUGAUCUGCCUGCAGAACUUCCUCGAUUUCUACAUCUACAAAAAGACGGAACUGAUGAACGGCCUCAGUCACGACGCCGCCAAUGCCGCCGACGAUCCGAACGCUGAUGGUCAGGACUGUUCGCCGCCGCACCAAACCGAGGCCAGCUGUAGUCGAACGUGGCGAGAGGAUCCCCUGGUGCACUGCUGCAAUUGUCGGAUCGACGGAGUCUACGCCAAGAAGGGCAGCCUGGAACGGUUGAACAAGCGGCGCGAGCAACGGAAGCUGGCGGCCGCUGCGGCCAGUAGCGGUAGUAGCAGUGCGGCAACGGCACUGAGCAGGACGGUUUCUAGUCUGGGACGAACGGCGGCGGCGGCAGAGGUGACACCGACUACGACGGAGUUGGGAAACUUCGAUACUUACCGGAAUCCCACGACGCGUGGUGGAGCCUCCGACGAUGAGGAUGACGAGUACUUUAGUUGCAGCGACUCGGAGCUGGAAAGUGACUCCGACUCGGACGAUCCGAACGUGAGCUACGAAACUCCCCCGUCCAGUCCUUCGUUCUUCUCGAAAACGGGCGAAUUCGAUUUUAGCUCCUUGUCGAACUCGGCGGAAAACGACGACGACGACGACAAACCGAUGCUGAGUGCUGACGAGGAGCGCGACGAUGACCAAUUCCUGGAUGUGGAAGAUCGUGAGGAAGAUAGUAGUGGGGGUAGUAGUAGCAGCAGCAGUGAUGAGCAACGGUACAAAGUUUUUAUCGAGGGACAGGAACCAAGCAAACAGGACGUGGACGUGCUGAAUGUGCUGGAGAAACGCGUGAUAGACCAGGACAAGUUUCCGCUGGUGCAUGAGUGGCGGAAAGCGAUGCUGAAGCUGUCGACGGAGGCUAGGGACAGACUAUCCUCAAACACGCAGAAAUCUCGCUGGCGGGCAGCCACCAGCGGAGGCAUCUCGGUGUCAGAUCUCAGCAUCAGUAGCACCAACAACAACAUCCCUAGCAGCACCCUCAUCAGUGGUGGCGCUGGCGGCAUUGACGGUAACGUCAGCCCUCCAGCUAGUCCCGUAGGUUCCAUCUCCAGGGUGAUGGGAAGUAUGGGAAGCAACGUUGGCGACAACGGCAUCACAUCCACAGCCUCAUCCUUCGAUGGCCGGUUAAGCUUGAUGAACGUCUCGGACUACGCCACCGGUGGCAGGCUCCAUCAGCGAGUGGCUCCUGCGACGUCGUCGUAGUCGCCGUGGCCGUCUUGGACGCUUUGGAGGUUAGUUUUUCUUCGUUUUUCAUUAGUUCCUUCUUCCUUUUUGGUUCAGAAGGACCUUUGUUUUAUCCGUGCGAGUUAGGAAUCGAGGUUUGUUCUUGAUUCGUCGUUGAAGUGAUUUUAUUCCGUUUUACAAUUAGGUUAUUCAGGAGGUUCAGAAUUUUAUGUUUUAGAAAUCACUUAGCACAUUUUUAGUAUGUAGGUACAGAGGAAAACCAGCCUGCCAAACAAUCAGACAAAUCGCGACGUUCAGAGAACUGAACCAGUCAGCAACACUUAACAUAAUUCCUCGUCACCGCUCUCGAACAGCGCAAUCCAGUCAAGUGUCAAGAACCAGUGUCCAUUGUGAGACUAAGAUACCUAAGCCUUCUAUUUCCGUUUCUACUCCUAAACUUAAACCUGAAUUUUACACUAACUAAGUAAGCGAACUAAGCGAUUAAUGAAUGAAACGCUAUUAUAUGGGACAUUUAUCUAAAGAAAUGCAAAACAUUAGUCAAUCUGUA